AGCACAAGAGCUGUGGAAAAUGACAUUCCGACCGUCUAAAUUUGUUUCACCGAACUACGGAUAAAUGCUUCAUGAUAUGGGCAGGAAUUUCAUAGUUUUCGUUGUUUUUCAAUGAUCUCAAUUAAGAAUGCCUUGCUCCGUUAUGCAAUGUUAUACAGGAUAGAAGAUUGCAUUUUUAUUUGGAUCUAUUUUCAUUGAAAUCUGACUAGCAGACAUCAUGUCAAAGAAGAAUGCAGAAUCAGUGAAGGUGGUGGUGCGAUGUCGACCUUUGAACUCUAAGGAGAUAUCUCAAGGUCAUAGGAGGAUCGUUGAAAUGGAUAAUAAGAGAGGUUUGGUAGAGGUCACCAACCCUAAAGGAGCUCCGGGAGAACCGAAGAAAUCUUUCACCUUUGAUACCGUCUACGAUUGGAAUUCUAAACAGAUAGACCUUUACGAUGAGACGUUUAGAUCAUUAGUUGAGUCUGUGCUACAAGGAUUCAAUGGAACUAUAUUUGCUUAUGGGCAAACAGGAACCGGCAAGACAUUCACGAUGGAAGGUGUGAGAUCCAACCCAGAGCUUAGGGGGGUCAUUCCCAAUUCAUUUGAGCACAUCUUCACUCACAUAGCAAGGACACAAAACCAGCAGUUCCUUGUUAGGGCUUCAUAUCUAGAAAUUUAUCAGGAAGAGAUCCGUGACCUUCUAGCCAAAGAUCAGAACAAGAGACUUGACCUUAAGGAAAGACCAGAUACGGGCGUCUAUGUCAAGGAUUUGUCUUCGUUUGUGACGAAAAGUGUGAAGGAGAUUGAGCACGUCAUGACAGUGGGGAAUAAUAAUAGAUCAGUAGGAGCAACUAAUAUGAAUGAGCACAGCUCAAGAUCACACGCAAUCUUCAUCAUCACCAUUGAGUGUAGUGAGCUUGGACCUGAUGGUGAGAAUCAUAUACGAGUUGGUAAACUGAAUCUUGUAGAUCUAGCGGGAAGUGAGAGACAAGCUAAGACCGGUGCAACGGGUGAUCGUUUGAAGGAAGCAACAAAGAUCAACCUGUCGUUGUCUGCUCUCGGGAAUGUCAUCUCAGCAUUAGUUGAUGGUAGAAGCACUCAUAUACCAUACCGUGAUUCUAAACUAACAAGGUUACUACAGGACUCCCUCGGUGGCAACGCAAGGACAGUCAUGGUCGCUAACAUGGGUCCCGCUAGCUAUAACUUUGAUGAAACCAUUACAACGUUACGGUACGCUAACAGAGCCAAGAACAUCAAGAACAAACCAAAGAUCAAUGAAGAUCCAAAGGAUGCCUUGCUGAGGGAAUUCCAGGAAGAGAUACAGAGGUUGAAACAAGCUUUAGAUAAGAAAGGACCGGGAGGAGGAAGGAAGAAGCGAAAGAGAAGAAAACCCGGAGAAGAAGGAGGAGAUGAUGAUAUCGAAGACGAAACCGAAGAGGAAGGAGAUGAGAUGGAUGAGGAGGAGAUGUAUAAAGAAUCUCAACGGAAACUGGAAGAGGAAAAAGAGAGAAUCAUGGCUAAUCAGAGUAUGAUUGCUGAGGAGAAGCAGAAGCUGUUGAGUGAGGUACAGAGCCGUCAACAAGAAAUAAAGAAACAACAUCAACAAAAGGAGAUGCUUGAAGGGAAGAUCAAGGCGAUGGAGAGCAAGCUCCUCGUCGGAGGGAAGAGCAUCGUUGAUCAUACCAACGAACAACAGAGAAGGAUUGAAGAGCAGAGAUUGCUGCUCGCAGAGGAAAAGAAUCGUGAGAGGGAUAUGGAGAGGAAAUUGAAGGAGCAAGACGAUAAGACAGUGGAGAUUGAAGGAACGUUUUCAUCACUCCAACAAGAAGUGGAAGUCAAGACAAAGAAACUCAAAAAGUUAUUUGCCAAGCUUCAGUCAUAUAAGAGUGAUAUACAAGAUCUACAAGAUGAACAUGCUAGAGAAAGACAAGAACUAGAACAGACUCAAAAUGAACUCAUUAGAGAACUCAAACUCAAGAAGCUGAUAGCUGAUAAUUUCAUCCCAUUAGAAGAGAGAACAAAGAUCACAACAAGAGCUGUGUUUGAUGAAGAGAGUGAAGAAUGGUUACUCACCCCAUUAGCAAAGGCCGAAGGACCUCAACAGAUGGCAAAGAGGCCAGUAUCCGCAGUGGGCAACCGCCGACCCAUCGCUGACUACGCUCGUAUGGCAGCUCAGAUGGGAGGAAAUCCAAGAUAUAAGGCUGAGAACAUUCUUGCUGUUGACCUUGACAUGCCGAACAGGACGACACGAGACUACGAGGGUCCGUCGGUAGCACCAAGGGUUCAGGCUGCAUUGGAUGCAGCUCUACAAGAUGAAGAUGAUCUUGAUCUAGAAGUACAACCUGAAGUUUUUAAGGCCAAGACGAAGCUGAAGAAAGACAAAGUCAGAUCAAAGCAUAAAGCAGUGAGUAAACCUGGCUCAAAUUCCCAGCUGUACCCACAAGCAAGAGGUCUGAUCCAGAAAUAAUACAACCAAUAGUGUCUUCAUUUCUUAUUGAGAUACUACCUUAUUGUGUCAAGAAAGGCAUAUCUCUUCAUCUUCAAAGCCUUUAAUAUGAGUUUAGAGUACUGUGGCUUUACAUUCAUUAUUUCAUAUCAAGACGGUUGUAUCUCCUUUCGCUGUAUUUUAAGUCUUAAGUAAGUCCUUGUACUAUCGGGUCUUCAUACUUCACUAGCUGACAAAAGGAAGUGACAAAUAAAAAAAGAGUUUUUGAUGUGUUGAUGUUGUAAAACUUUUUUUUAAUUCCAGGCUGAGUCUCAUAAAAAAGACACUGAUCCUGUUUUAAUAUAUGCCUGGUUAACCACCAUGCUAUUAUAUUGUCAGCUACAUGUAUGCAUAGCGAUACAAAUGACAGACACAUUUGCCUUUAACUGGAAAUAACAGGAAAUUUAACCUUAAUGUUACUUCCUUCCUUUUGUCAAAGUAGGGUUAUAUGGUACAUUGCAUUCAUCUGGUAGAUUCAUAAUGGUGAUAUCGCACCUGGCUCUCUUUAACACAAAGUUUUCAGGUUUGAAUUUAGACCAUGGACUAGCACAGAUUUAGUCAAAUUUUGCUUAAAUGUUGGUUAUUUUCCAUGGUCUUGAUUCAAACAAUCUUUGUCAAUUCCACCGCUUUGUGAUUUGAGGUGCGUCUUAAUACUGACCAUUUGUACAAAAGGUCGAGUCUUUUCUCAUAGUCUUCAAACUCUACAACCCCCCCUGAGUUUGGCAAGUGUCUUCAUCAGUUCUCAUCAAAGAUGGGACCUUUUUUAGUCAAGAAGGCCAUCUCUUGUAUGCCGUCAUUAUAUGCCUACGGUAAUUCGUGAUUUUAAUGAUUUUGUAUUAGUAUACUUUACGUGUGGGUUGCGUCUCCUAUCAGUUUUGUGUUUUCUAUGUGGAUUUUCAAAAUCUUUUCCAUUAUCUGUGAUAAUUAAGAGGCUACAUGUAGCAUCUCAUUCAAUGUGUUUGUAUCAAAUACGUAAUUUAUUUUGUGACGAGUAUGGGUUUCCAUUCAGUAUAUGAAUAUAAGAAUGACCCAAGUUCACCUCUUGGCUAACUUGAGUGGAACAUGUGAUAUUGAUGCAUAUAGAUGAGCAGCUCAUGUUUAGUUUACAUCACAAAAUUCCAACAAGAAGUUUCUCCAUUAUGAUUUGGAAACUGACCAAAUUGCCCAUUUGACAAAGCAAAAAUGAUUUCAUUUUACUUGAUUUGAAUUUUUGAAAUAAACACUCAUGACCCUGGCUCAUUGUUAUAAACACCGGUGGAUCCGGGGGGGGGGGGGGGGGGCACAGCCGGCCUGUGCCCCCCCCCCCCUUGAGAGGCACAAUUAAGAUAUGUAAUGUAAAAAUGUCGUUCAAACAGAAGUGUGAAGACCUUUGGUUUUUUUUUUUCUGCUUUUUUCGUGGACGAAGUCCACUUAAUUUUGGGUUAAAACCCUUGUUUGUUUUUUUUGCUUGUCAAAUUUUUCCAUGGACAAAAUCCCCUUAAUUUUUGGUCAAAGCCUUAUUUUUGCUUGUCAAAUUUUUCCAUUAGAAAAUGUGCCCCCCUCCCUUCGAAAAAUCCUGGAUCCGCCCCUGGUUAUAAACAUAUAAAUUACAUGGAAAGGCUUUUUUUUGUCUUGUCUUUUUUUCUUUCAUUUGUUUCCCCAGUUUUCCACUUUCUCUUUGGCUCUUUUCAACAGUAUUGCACAUGUGUAAUUCAAAACAAUGCAGGGAUGUGUCAUAACUCUACAAAUCAUACAAAGCUUGAUUUUCAGCUUACCCGAAUCAUGCACAUUCUGGGUCCCGUCUUACAAAGACUUGAAAUUGAUCCGAUCAAUCACAAAUGUGGAUAGCCAGCAACGUCAACAUCUAAAGUACAUUUUUGUUCAAAAUAUUUUCUAGAAAUGCCUUGCCGGUAUAUUCAUGCAUUUACUGGUUUCUUGACAAUUCAGUGUGCUUCUCUUUGUUUUCAAAGGGCAUUUAGGAAAUUUCCAAAAGAAAACAAUGAUGACAUUGAUGGAUUUCCAUAUACUUUAGAUUGAUGAUGGAUUUCCAUAUACUUGUGAUUGAUCGGAUCAAUCGUAACUCUUUGUAAGACGGGGCCCAUGACUCGCGCUUGAUUUUUAAAGUUGCAUUUAAACGGAGGUCUUUCAGCUACGGGCUCUAAGAAUGUUUAUAACUAUCUCCCUCCAUCUUAGUUCACCUCAUUUUUUUCUUCAGUAUUUCUGAUUCCAUCUCUCCUCAAUGUUCAAGAAAAUUCUCCAUAAUCUACUCUUGUGUCUCUUUUCAGUGAUGCCGAUCUUCAGACUUCUGCCUGAGUUCAGGCCCUCACAACAUAUCAUUUCACUCUUUUCAGACUAUACAUGUAUUUUGUACAGCAACAAUGGGCCUUUCAUUUGUUUUUGCUUCUUUUCAGGCCAAGGGAGUCAAAUAAACUGGCAUCCCUACCUAUUUCACUCUUUCUUUACUUUAACCCGUCUAGAAACAAGUUACUGUGUAUCGUUUCUUUGAAACUGAGAAUGUCCAUUCACUUGUUUGUGUUUCUUUCUAUGCAAUUUGUAUUCUAUUAUGUAUUAUUGCAAUACUGUAUGUAUAAUCUCUCAACCGCUUCUUGACCCAUUUUACCAGUAAUUUUCAUGAACGACUCGAAGCUUUAUUCUAAUAAUUAUGAAAAUGGUACACGUAUACAAUAAGUGAUUUAAAAGAUGCAUUAAUUUUGUGAGUCAAGCAUGAAAUACAGAC